UGUGUGUGUCAUUUUAUUAUUUUACCGAAUAAAAAUUUGUACGGAUUCCCCAAGAUAGAUAGAACACACUCUACACUGUAUCUGAUUUUCGGAUUCGAAUCGAAGAAUCCUGUUUUUUUUUUUCUCCUGCUCCCUUCCUUCAAUCAUUAGAUCAAUCUUUGUUUUUUUUAUUGAACUCGUCUUCGCUAUGGUGUUUUCUGAUCCCUAAUUGUUGAAUUAGCUUUUUAGGUCAGCAAUUUCUGUUUUUUUUUUUACCCAAAUAGUUCAUCCCUAAUCUUCAGUUGAAUUUGUUAUGCCGGAAUAAAUCUGAGUGCGCCAUGAGGAAGAAGCUCGAUACUCGUUUCCCCGCUGCUCGUAUAAAAAAGAUCAUGCAAGCAGAUGAGGAUGUUGGGAAGAUUGCAAUGGCAGUUCCUGUUUUAGUCUCUAAAGCUUUGGAGUUAUUUCUGCAAGAUCUUUGUGAUCACACAUAUGGCAUAACUGUGCAGAGAGGGGCAAAGACUGUUAAUUCGUUGCAUUUAAAACACUGUGUACACAGCUAUAAUGUCUUUGACUUCUUAAAGGAAGUUGUCAGCAAAGUUCCCGACUAUGGUAAUUCUGAUGCUGCAGCUGAUACAUCGAAAAGAAGGAAAGUUGUUGCCAAUGAACCAAAUGACAGUGACGAAGAGUCCAAAAAGAACGUUAUGCAAGAACCGAGCAACGCAAGUAGCACAGGUAGGGGAAGAGGGAGGGGUAGAGGAAGAGGGCGUGGUCGGGCCAGCAAAGCCACAGAGAGAGAGCCCCCUCGAAACGAAACGGAAUCCACUUCUCAGCAAACCACUAAACAGAUCUCAAGCCCAAAUAGGCCAAUGGAAACCAACUCCGAACUUUUGAACGAAUCAAAAGAGAAUGUCAAAGCCAACGAUGUGGCUGGUCAAGAAACUCGAAACUUUGACCUGAACGCUGGAGUAGAUGAAGGAACCGACAAAGCAACGGCAUCCACUCCUGCUGCUGCUGCUGCUGCAGCUGCUGAUGUGGCAGCGGCCUCUGGACCGUCGGAUGCGAAAGCCGAAGAUUUCGGACUUUCCGAAAUCGAUCGGAUGGCUGUUGACCCUGUUCAUCUCACGCAGCUUAGUUCGAGAUUGGAUGAAGAAGACGAAGAUUACGACGAAGAGGAGUAGGGUUUAGUUAGAGAAGGAAUGACGACUUUGUGUAAGUGGUUAAUCACUUAAUUCGACACUUUGGGAUUAUUAGGUAACAUAUCUAUUGCUAGGAAAUUUGCGUUUAUUUUGCGUUUUAUUUAGUUUUUCGUCUUCUUCCGUGUGUUAUUUUCGUUGUUAAGAGUUAUGAUUACUGAUCUUAUAGCUUGUGGUAACUCUCUGAGUGUAUUUGGGCUAUCUAAUUGGCAGUAUUGUUUCAGCUGUA